AUGUCAGUCGAACCAAUCCAAGCCAUCGCUGGCGUGAUAGGCCUCUUCACCCUUUAUCUCCUCAAGCGGUACUUGAGUAACGGACGCCCAGCUCAUCUUCGUUUGCCUCCUGGCCCAAAAGGUCUUCCAAUCAUCGGAAAUCUUCUCGACGUUCCUGUUGAGGAUGAGUACAAGGUGUUCUCAGCAUGGCAGAAGAAAUAUGGCGAUGUCAUCUCCCUCACCGUCCUUGGGAAACCUCUCAUCAUCCUCAACUCUCCAAAGGCCGCUCAAGACAUGCUCAACAAAAAGAGCUCCAUUUAUUCAUCGCGUCCUCAUUACACCAUGGCAUGCGACCUCGUCGGCUGGAAGGAUGUUCUCGUGUUGCUUCCUUAUGGUGACCGCUUGAGAGCCUAUCGCCGAAUGAUUCAUCAGGUCAUCGGCACUCGGGCUAGCGUCGACAAGUUCAAUGGUACGAUCGAGGGCGAGGCUCAGAUAUGCGUGCGCAGGAUGUUGAAGGAUCCAGACAACUUUGUUGGUCCCGUUCGCAAAGGAGUCGGUGCUAUCAUCUUGAUGAUCAGUCAUGGGUACAAAGUCGACACGGAAAAUGAUCCAUUGGUCACAAUCGCAGAUGAGGCAACGGAUCAACUUGGCGUUCUCCUCUCGCCUGGUAACUUCUUGGUAGAUCUGAUUCCAGCCCUCCGUUUCUUGCCCAAAUGGUUCCCUUGGGCAACGUUCCACAAACAGGCUGAUGAGUGGCGCAACACGCUGUUCGACAUGACCGAUAAGUCAUAUGAGGUCGUAAAAAAGCAAACCGCCAACGGAACUGCUGUCCCUAACUUCGUGACAAAUCUCCUCGAAGGCGACAACAUCACUGAGGCUGAAGAGUUUGAGAUCAAGUGGGCGGCGUCAAGUCUAUACUCCGGAGGCGCUGAUACCCCUGUUUCCGCUAUGUCCUCGUUCUUCCUGGCGAUGACAAUGUAUCCCAAUGUACAGAAGAAAGCCCAAGCUGAGAUCGACCGCGUUGUUGGCAAGGAUAGACUGCCUUCUUUCUCAGACCGUGAUCAGCUUCCAUACAUCUCUACCAUGAUCAAGGAGAUUAUUCGAUGGGGGCCUACAACGCCACUCGGCGCUCCUCACUGCUUGGAGGAGGACGAUGUUUACGACGGACACUUCAUACCGAAGGGGUCCACUGUCUUGGCUAACAUCUGGCAUUAUCUCCAUGACCCCGAAGUAUACCCCGAGCCCAAUGUUUUCAACCCCGACCGACUCAUUGCCUCGGAGGGAAAGCCGGCCCAACGCGAUCCUUAUGAAAUGUGCUUUGGUUAUGGCAGGAGGUCAUGCCCAGGGAAUCAACUUGCCGAUUCGCUGAUGUUCAUUUUCAUCUGCACCAUCCUCGCGGUAUACGACAUUGAGAAGGUUUCUGUCAACGGAGUUGUCCAAGAACCCAAGCACGAAUUCACCAGCGGGGUACUCGUACGUCCGAAGCCUUUCAAGACGACCAUCCGACCACGCUCAGAGAAGGCACUGGCCUUGAUCAAUGCCGUUGAAAUAUAG